UCUGAAUCAGUGACAGGAAGCGGAAAUAAUAGAAAGUAAACGACGCUUGGCGGGACUGGCGAAGCUGUUGGCGCCACUGCACUGAGACAAGUCACUUUGUUCAGUCUUUGAAAGGAGCAGCAUUGUCCAGCGUAAACUGUCUGAAAAAAAUUUGCUUAUUCGCAGACAUGAUGAAGUUGACUGAAGGAGCGAUAGAGGCUCUGUCGAGUGGAAAUGGUGGAAAUGACGCGGUGCUUCAAUUGGUGAACAUUCGAAAGAUCGAAGGUGGAAGCGGUCCUGUUCGCUUUCGGGUAAUGCUGAGUGAUGGACGACACACCAUGUCCUCUUUCAUGCUCUGCACUCAGCUCAACUGCAUGGCAGAAGAUAACCGACUGGCCCCGAAUUGUGUCUGUCUUCUCAAGAGACAUGUGACCAACAUUCUGAAGGAUGGACGACGUGUGGUGAUCAUCUUGGAGAUUGAAGUCCUCAAGCCUGCUGAGGAAGUAAACGGCCGUAUCGGUGACCCCACACCUUACAGUGAUGGCCAGAGUAAAGCCCCCCAACAGGCUGCCCCGGCCCCUGCCAACCGCCCUCCACUGCAACCUCAAACUGGAAAUAAUGUGAACCGAGUUGUCAGCAAAGAAUUUGGGAAGAAGCCCUCUAUGCCUGGGACCCCAGGGGGUUCCUCCAAAGUUGUGCCCAUCGCCAGCCUCAACCCGUACCUGUCGAAGUGGACCAUUCGUGUGCGCGUCACCAACAAGAGUAGCAUCCGUACAUGGAGCAACUCGCGCGGCGAUGGCAAACUUUUCUCCAUGGAGCUUGUGGACGAGAGCGGCGAGAUAAGAGUGACCGGGUUCAACCAAGAGGUGGACACAUUCUACACACUUAUUGAAGUUGGCAAGGUUUACUAUGUCUCCAAGGGCACCCUGAAGGUUGCCAACAAGCAGUACACCUCUGUGAAGAAUGACUACGAAAUUACGCUGAAUGGAGAGACUUCCAUCAUUCCAUGUGAAGACAACUGCAAUGUUCCCAUGGUGCAGUGUGACUUUAUCUCAAUCGCAGACCUGGAGAAAACUGAGAAGGAUGCCACCGUGGAUGUCAUUGGCGUGUGCAAGAGCGUGGAGGAGGUGACCCGCCUCACCACCAAAUCGAACCGUGACGUCUCCAAGAGGACACUCAGCCUGAUGGACGCAUCUGGCAAGUUUGUGACUGUCACGUUGUGGGGAGAAGAAGCAGAGAAGUUUGACGGCUCUGCUCAGCCUAUUGUGGCCAUUAAGGGAGCAAAGGUCUCUGACUUCGGUGGCCGCUCUCUCUCGGCAUCCUUCAGCAGCACCCUGAUGAUCAACCCAGACAUCCCCGAGGCAUACAAGCUCAGAGGCUGGUAUGACAAGGAAGGCCAUACCAUGGAAGGACAGUCUCUGACGGAAAUGAAAGGUGGCAUUGGUGGAGGAAACACCAACUGGAAGACUCUAUCCGACGUGAAGACGGAGCACCUGGGCCAUGGACAGAAGGCUGACUACUACACAUGCAUCGCCACCAUUGUGUACCUCCGCAAGGAAAACUGCCUGUACCAGGCCUGUCCGAGCCAAGACUGCAACAAGAAAGUGGUGGACCAGCAGAAUGGGAUGUUCCGCUGCGAAAAGUGUGACAAAGAGUUUCCCAACUUCAAAUACCGCCUCAUCCUGUCUGCCAAUAUUUCAGAUUACGUCGACAACCAGUGGGUGACCUGCUUCCAAGAGAGCGCAGAGGCCAUUUUGGGCCAGAACGCAGCUUAUCUGGGACAGCUGAAGGACUCUAAUGAAACUGCCUUUGAUGAGAUCUUCCAGAAUGCCAACUUCAGCACAUUUGUGUUCCGCAACAGAGUGAAGCUUGAAACGUAUAACGAUGAAUCCAGGAUCAAGGCAACGGUGAUGGACGUGAAGCCUGUCGACCACAAGGACUACUGCAAGAGGUUGCUCAUGAACAUCAGGAAAAUACAAGCCAACAAAUUAUGUGUGUAGCUCAUAUAUUUUGAUUUCUCCAGUAUUUCCUUGUGAGUAUCCUCUUGACACUGAAAAUUGUGCCGGUCUUUGGCAAAAAAGCUGCGAUGAUUUUGCAAACAUCUUUCUCUGAACAGAACAAACACUUCUAUUGUAAUGUGGCCAUGCGUGUAAGUCUGGGUCAGCGAGUCACAAAAGACAUCAGCAGCGCGUCUUGUCUUAAGUCAGCCAGUUGUGACUUCAUGCACUGUGGUUGUGGAAUACAAUUUACCCCUUUUUUUUUUUUUUUUUUGCAUUGUGACACGCGCUGCAAGUUGCUGGACUGGACCUGCAGAGCCACGAUAAGUCUGUUUAUACUCUAUUUUCAUUUUCCUCCCGCUCUCUUACUUCCAAGCGCAUUGCAGAGGAAAUGCUCUUCUAUUUAAGCAGGUCGCAAGUGUUUUUGUAACAGUUUUUCUGUUCUCCAUUUGAAUCUUUGACUUCUGUUUGUGAUAAUUACGUUACUAUUUGCGAUUAUAUUUGUAUUCUAACGUGACUAAAAUAAAAACACAUGUGGGUUAUUGGUUCUCAUGACAUGUUUAGCGGAUGUAUGUCUGCUAUUUGACAGUUCCUCAAAGGACCCGACACCUCAACGCAGCAGCUGGCUGCAUCCAUUGACCCGUGCGGAGGUGGACACUUUGAAUUGUAACAACUUGGUUCCGUUCACUGCAGACGUGCUUUGCUUAUUUGAGAUAUUUUUCCACCUUUACAACCACUUUCCGUGUCAAGUUGCAGCAAUUUUCAGCAACUCUGACCGUAGUGGAUUACAUUUCAGCGUUAUUUACACAUGGCGGCUCUUGGAGAACUACUCAUGCCACUUCCAUCUGUCAUCUGGGUUUUAUAUUUUGAUUGCGAGAAAUAAUUGUCGAUCAGAGGAAAUGUGUGUAACUGACUGAACUGCCUUGCUUAUUCAGUAGUGGUGUUUGCUCACAUUAGCAGCAAAUGAGCACAGCUAAAUGGCUGUUUUGUGAGAAUGUAUGCCUACUGUAAUACAGUGUCAAUUGAAUUUAGUAAAUGUAAAUUUACAUUUAGUAAUAAUUUCAGAUAAGCAUAGUAAUUGACAGGUUUAACAGCCGUUUGUUAGGUCUGCAAAUGUGUACAUGACAGGUGAAAUAUUAAUACAUUAUAAUAAAUUGUAGUUUUACACCCCUGCAACCUAAAACCACAAUAAUACACAUUAUGCUUCACUGCUCUUGGAAAACUGAAGGUCCUCCUGGCAAAAGUUAAACACACAUUUGGACUUUGCCUGUAAGUUUCAGUAAAUACGACCCCCGAAAAGCAGUUAUACUGUCCUAAAGGACAUUUAGUGAUGCAGAUCAGGAGAGGAAGAAAUGACGAUGCACAAACAGUAGAGAGUGGAGGAUUUUUAAAGUGAGGCAGCUAAAGAAAAAUAAAGCAAAACUUUUUUGUUGUUGUUCCUGUUCCUCACUUUGGGUGAGAGGCGGGGUACACCCUGGACUGGUCGCCAGUUACCCCAACAUGUAUGUUUCUUUGGAAUGUGGGAGGAACGCACGGGCAGAACAUGAAAACGCCACACAGAGAUGCUCAAGCGCAGAUUAGAAUAUACAUUAACAUUAGCCAAUGACGACACAACCAAACACAAAAUGCAGUUUUUAAAUGAAACCUUUUGUUGAAGCGAUAUCUUGGAUUUUUUUGUCAUGAGGUUGUAUGCCUUCCCCAUCAGCAGUGUACUACAGCAACAGUGACUUACCCCCCAGUUGGUGCUGUGAGUUCAGUUCAGGUUGGAGAGCCGUGACAAGGAACGUAGUUCCGCUGAGUUGCUGCGGCCAUCUGAGUGAAGAGUUGAACUUCUCAAAACAACAAAAGAAUAAUACAUUUGCGUCACGAAAAUGCCUCCUCAAAAAAAUUCGACUUCACAAAACACUCGCCGUUAUAUUUGUCUCCCCGAGUGUCCCUCGUUGCCUUUGUAUUCAUGUGUAUGUGAUGAAGACGCUCGCGGUAAUGCCACUCUUCCUCCGCAACAAAGCGCCGCGGCCAUCUUGUUUACAUACAUGUGUUCCACAGCGGAAGAAGACGCAAGCAGCACGACACGGGGGUGACGGUCUGCCUUCCGAGGCAGCCCACCACCACAGCUUCAAAAACAUCCUCGGGGAAACCCUGCAUCCCUAUAUCGUAUAAAACCGAUUCCUAUAGGACGUUCAAAGUUCAUGUCUGGCGAUUGGUGGACAAUAGUGAUUCCAGUCUAACGUUGCUCCACGAUUGCUCCCCUACUGUGCUCACUCACAGACAGUCAGUCGUCACACUGUGCUCAUAGUCUGUCAGCUAUUGUAUGUGACCUUGCUCUCUGCUGCUGCUGCUGCUUGUUAAGCAGUGAUUUGUCUUAGGACAAGUGAGUCCCAGCAGGCCCUCACAAUGUGUGCACACCUGACACGCAUGGAGCUGAACAGCCAGGCGGACCACUCCUGGGGCACUGCUGUAAUGAAUGGGCCUACCAUUGUUUGUGUUUGUCAAGAUUCAUGGGUACUGCUCCUAUGGGCCAGUGGUAUUUGCUUAUGAGGGCAUGCAGCAGUCCAAGCAGGGGAUUUUGUGUUGACCGACACAGCAUGGCUUGUCUUUAUCGACAGUACUGAUGAGACUUGUGCAAUUGUCGGACAUGUGGAAAAGUCGAAGUAAGAGCAGACGAUCGCAUGAUAGUGCAGGCGGAUCUUUAAAAAUUAAUAUUGCAAUUUAACCACAUUUUAUUAAAUAGUAUCGUAACACUGUUUUAAUUUAGAAAGGCUCUAUGAUUUAAGUAGGAUUUCAACAAAUGUUAAGCUAGGCAUAUUCAAAUACUAUUGGAUAGUUGGUGAGAAUACGGAUCCUUGCAGCUCUUUUCUUUGCCUCAGUCGCCGAAAGUUAAAGUUUGGAUUUUUUGACAUGAAGUCGUAUGACAUCCCCAUCAACAGCGACUAGACCCCCUACUUGGUCUCCUAAGUCCAGUUCUGGUCAGAGUUUGGUGAUGAAUGUAGUUGCUGGGGUUUCACAAGUAAGGAGUUUGGCUUCUCAAAACAAUAUGCGUUCAAAAGAGUAAUACAUUUGCAUCACAAAAAUGCCUGUUUGAAAAAAAUCAGACCUCACAAAUCGCUCGGCAUUAUAAAUGUCUCCCGGCGUAUCCCUGCACACUGUCUCGUCUCCUUUCUUGUGUACGUGACGAAGACGCUGUUGUUGAUACACUACACUGCUGAUGUCAUACGACUUCAUGUCAACAAAUGCGAACUAUCCCAUUAAAUAUAAAGUGCCAGGAAUGCACAAUGAUCUCCAAGAAAGAAAGAAAGAUGGAUUUAGCUGUGCUUUACGUGGGUAUACAGUCGUCAUCCCUCGCCAUUUCACGGUUUGCAGCUUCAUUCAAUCACAGUUUUUCAAAAUAUUAUAUAUCGCUGUUCGUAAUUGACAACGGCCUAUUCGUCAGAAUUAUGCAUAUUUAUGCAAUUUUUUUAUUUAUUCUUGGCCUAAAUGAAGCAUUUUCAAGCAUAAAAAUGACUAAAUGAAUGAAAAUACAAAUAUAAGGCAUUCAGAAGUCUCAUUCAAAGACGUGAUAUGUGGGAUUCUACACUGGUCACUUGGUGUCAGUACGUUUACACUGAUGAGCCAAUAGUCACUGCAGUCCAGAAAAAAACAAGGAACUCUCCCAAUGCCAAUGUGUGAGUAUCUGUUAUGUCUAUAAUGUCUUAUUUUGUCUUAUUGUGUUUACUACUGUACUGUAUAUUGGGGGCAAAGGUGUCUUUAGGGCUGUUAUUUCAUGUCUAGAGGGCUCUGUUAUUUAUUUAUAACACGUAUUUAGAAGGUCGUAAACAGGUUUUCUAUGCUCUAACUAUGAAAAUAUUCCGUUUAUAAAUAAUUACUACUUCGCAGAAAUUCAGUUUCACGGUUGGGCCAAUAAAAUGAUAAAAAAAGGGAUUCAUGUAACGCAUGUUUUUAGUUAAUAGUCUGUUUGGUGAUGGUUAUUUAGGUUUUCAUGGCAUUUCCCAUUAUAUUGAUGAUCCAUCCAUCUUUUUUCUGUCCCACCUGUCCUCUUUAGGGUCAAUUAUAGUCCUAGGCGACAUCCUGGACUGGUCACCAGUCAAUCACAGGGCACAUGUAGAUAACCAUUCACAUGUUAUGCAUGUUCCAGCGGAGAUUCAAGCCCCGAUCUCCUGACUAUGAGACAGACGUGCCAACUAGAGAUGCUUAAUAUUAGGACUGUAGAUUAUGCUUCUUUUACUGUGAUGCCAAUUUGUUUUAACCAUUUUGUCUCAACAGAAUAGUCAUUCUUUUUAAAAUCAUGACCAAUAGUCAACUAUUUUAACACGUCCCAUUACCAACCCCAACGAUACCAUUUGGAAAGCUGCACAUUUCUAUGUGGCACAAACAUCUGUACAAGAACAAAGUGUAAAAGUAUGAAACGCUGGACUAAUACAACCAGUAAAAUGACACUCCCCUGUCAUAAUACCACUUUACAGUCAUUGCAAAUGAGGCGAAACUUGGAAAUAAUUAGAGACUGCGGACAUACUGAACUAGCAAGUUGCUCUGUGGAGCGAGGUCUCACUCGUGCGUUAAUACCGGCAGCAAAAAAAAACUACAGAAAUGAUCCCAUAUCUCAUUUUUAUGCCAAUAUUGGCCAUCCCGAGUGCCAACCACUACUUCGCUGUGCCGCCUUAGUUUUUAUUUCACUAAUAUUGAAAAAGAUUGAUUUUGUCUUCAAAAUAUUUUAUGAAAAGAGGUCUUCUAUUUGGGUCAAUACGGUAACUGCAAGGUAAAUGCGAGGCUAACAAGAGGAAUGUUUUUCAAUUGAAAUAUGUAACACGGGCCAGAGUUAAAAUAUCAUGUGUGUGCGUUGAUUUCAGGUACAUCUGUGUGAUCUAGUGUGUGUCUUCAGUCUAAUUUCCAUAUGGAUGAAUGAUGAUAGUAGCAGGACAUGUCCUGCAGCCGUUUUAUUUUUUAGAAGACCGGAAUCAGCACCACAGGGGCGUCCUGAAUGGUGCCAGUAGAAUAAUUUUCACAUCCUCAUUACAUUGAAGAAGGGAAAGAAAUAAAUAAAAGAGCACACAUCAAAGGUUUAGCACUACCAGAGUAGAAAUUACUAUUCCUCGUAUGGUGUCCAAUAUGAAAAUAACUUUGAAGUUUCGGUGUUAGUCUUUUGUAAAUCCCCACAAAGGAACUGACGAGAUCUGCAGGUCGUCAUUGUGCGCGUACACCCGUGCGGGUGACCUUGUCUAAGGUAGGUUUACUUUCAUUCGGUUGCUCUGUGUUCUCGUCAGUGGGGUAUUCAGGGUUGAUGCAAGCGUAAAAAAACAUGUAAUUAGACUGCGAGCUCCUUGACUUGGUGAUAACCUGACAGUUUAUUAGGUAUACAGUUGUCCCUCGCUACGUCGCCGUUCGAAUUUUGCGGCUUCACUCUAGCAGUUUUUCCAAAAUAUAUUAAUUCAUAAAUCAUGCUGUUUUGUGGUUGAAUACGGCCUAUUGGUAAAAAAAAAAAAAAAAAAAAAAAAGCAUGCAUAGUUAAGCAAAUUGCACCUAUUUUGUUGCCUAAAUGAAGCAUUUUCAAGCAUAAAAAUGGCAAACUGAACUAAAAUACAAAUGUAAGGCAUUAAGUAGACGCAUUCAGAUUGUGGUAUGCAGUAUUCAACACUGGUCACUAGAUGUCAGCAGAUGAAACGUACAAGCGCCGAAGACUUGAUCACCGGAACGACAGGAUUUUAUUGCAGUUUUGAAUCUCACAAAAAAAAAAAAAUCUCACAACAGGCACAAGAAUCAAAACAUAAAAACUUUAACGAUAGCACGGGCUACUGUUGCGGCCGUAAUCCAGUUUAAACUCAACUCUGAACUCCCAACAUCACAUCCCGUCUACACGCCCGGAACGCAUUUAUUGCAGCACACACGAGCAUUUGUCUUAAAUGGCUUAUUUUCUCAGAUGAUGUCUACUGUAUUGCGUAAUAUGAGUGUAAGGAUGACUACGGGGUGGUGUUUCAUGUCUCCAGGUUCCAUAUUUAGACGGUCGUUAGCAGGUUUUAUAUGCUCUAUGAAAAUAUUACAUUUUAUAAAUAAGGAAUUCUACUUAAAUUUGACGGGUCUGGAACCGAUUAAACGCGAUAAACGAGAGAUUACUGUGCUUCCAUAACAUUAAUGGCCGUCUUGCAACAUGUCCUCGAGGGUUAUGGUGUUAUAUAUUCUACUAAUAUUUUAUAUCUAUACCAUAAAUAUUUAUUAGAAAGGCCAAAUGCAUUUUCAUGAACAUUAUUUUGUAAUAAUUUUCGCAAAUUGCUAAUUAUGCUUCAAUGUUAUAUUCUGUACUGUGCAAUACUAGCGUAAUCGUUUUAAUGAGCUUUUUCCACAGCAGUCAUUCUGAAAUAGUAAACGAUAAAUGAAAGGAGGAAAACAAUUUGAAGCAAUCUUUGCAGAGCGAGGUGGAACUAUGGAGAGGAAUGCACGGAUGUGUGUGAAUUUGAAAGCAACAAAAAGAUUUGCAAGCAAAAUAAAAAAAAGUUUUUUACCAAAAUUAUUCAAAGGCUGCUUUUGUUUUGCCAACUCUACAUUUGGUUCGUGUUUCCUGAUCUUUUCUUUGU